AUGGCUCGAGAAUUUGAGGCACUCGCCCUCAAUGGCCACAACUACCCUACUUGGGCCAUGGACACGAAGAUCGCUCUUGCAUCUCGUGGGAUAGUGCGUGCAAUCCAGGCUGAGCAGGAUCCACUGCCCGCUGGAGUCACGCCACUAACAGAUGAACAGAAGUAUACCGCCUUAUACAUUAUAAGGCACCAUAUUCACCUAGAUCUCAAGUCUGAGUACUUGGAGGAGGAAUCCCCUAGUACCAUGUUUCAGGCCCUCAAAACGAGGUAUGAACAGCAGAAGGACUUCAAGUCCAUCGGAGAGUACAAUCACGAGGUUCAUAAGAUCAGUUCCAAGAUGCGCUUUUGCGGGAAGGAACCUACUGAUGCGGAGAAGAUAGAGAAAACUCUGUCGACUAUGCUCCCAUCUGACAGAAUCCUCCAGCAGCAGUACCGUGCUCGCGACUACCAAGUCUAUUCCGAUCUUAUUCAUAUCUUACUUCAGGCUGAAAAACAUGAUGAGCUACUCGCUAAGAAUGGCUCUCAGCGUCCGGUUGGUUCUCAACCUCUACCUGAAGUUCAUAUGAAUGUCGCGAACGGACGAAAGUUUGAUGGUGGUUUCAAAGGAAAGCCCUCGAACUUCAAUGGUAAGCGAAAGCGCAACCGGAACAGGAAGCCCAGAAACUCAGACCGUGGAAAAGGCACCGCAAAGUCCAAGUUUGACAAAUCUAAGCUUUGCGACAAGUGUGGAUGCUACACGCACCCCACUGACAAGUGCAAGACCCCAAAGCAUCUGGCCAUUCUGUACCAGCAAUCCCAUGGACACAACGCACCUCGAGGGAAAAGGUUUGAAGCCAACUUCAACCUUCAUCCAGAUGGCACCGAUGGAGCUGGCUGUUCGCAAGACGUUCCCUCGGGACCGAGCAACACCGUUACUCUCCUUCCAUCAAAGGACCCUACAGGAACAGAGGACAUGAUGGUUGAGUACACCUUAACCGACGUGUUUGGAGACUUCGACUAG